AUGGUAGUCGGAGUUACAGCGACGGGGAAGUCGACGUGCUCUACGAUCCUCUCCAGAGCGUUGUCACAGCUUUGUCUGGAUGGUUCGACGGACCCCGCUCACCAAGUGACCAAGGUUAUGGCCUUGAACCCGAAGAGUAUCUCUAUGGAGGAACUGUACGGCAGCUUCAAUGAGAACACUGGGGAAUGGUCGGACGGGUUGGUGGCCAUUCUGGUGAGGGAGGCCUUGAGUGAUACUUCCGAUAACAAAAAGUGGGUGCAGUUUGACGGACCUGUGGAUGCUAUUUGGAUUGAAAAUAUGAACACUGUGCUGGAUGACAACAAGAUGCUUUGCCUGAAUAAUGGGGAGAGGAUAAAACUCGCCCCGACCAUGACGAUGAUGUUCGAGGUGAAUGACCUAGCUGUAGCCUCGCCGGCUACUGUCUCACGAUGUGGUAUGGUAUUGAUAGAACCUGUUCACUUGGGGUGGAGAGCGCCUAUUGAUACGUGGAAGGAAAUACGCUCGCAGUCUUACCCAAAGUAUGCUGCAGACCUGCAUCGACAUGUUGUUGAUCUAUGCGAUGUCACGUUGCCGUUCAUACGCUCUCACCUGAAGGAGGCUCCGGGUAUUCCUAGUGUCGAUGCUAAUCUAUGCAAGUCGUUCAUGGACUUGUGCGAUUCCUUCGUCAACGACAGUAACGGCUUUGAAAGAGUGAUGCCAUUAGAGCCCGAACAAGAGGAGCCGACAAUCAAGCCGUCCAAGAGAUCGGAUGCCUCCAAUGAUAAGUUGUUGAGAAUGUACUUGAUCGUGGCGGCUGUCCGCAGUCUCGGUGGUAACCUGCACGAAACCAGUCGAGGGGAGUUCUUGGUAAUGCAGCCUCGAUUGUCGGGAGGGGCAUCGCCGGUUCCCUAG